CUUAGUGAUACUGGAAAAUCUUUCCCAAGAUAUUGUUACUUAAUUGAAAAUAUGAAUUCUAGGUAUUAAGUGAUUUACCUUUUACUAAAUUUAAAAAUAUAUCUCUGCCAUAUAUUUCUUUGCACAUGACCAAUUUAGGAAGUUGUUUUGCUGGAAUAUGCAUAUUGAAGGUCUUGGGGUUUUUCCACCUUUUUCUAGUGGGGAGAGGGGCAGAGUUGUAGGUGGGAGAAAAAAUAGACUUUUGCUGAUUGAAAAAAAAAAAGGCUUAAAUUUUACUUAAGAUGAUUAUCUCUUUCAAGAUUACUAAGAAAUUACUUGGACAAAUUAUUUAAUGUUAAUUGGUGCUGGGAAAGCAAAGUUUUGGGAUUGUGGGUUUAGAGCUGGGUGGGGACCUUAACUAUCCAAUCCAAUGUUGUUAUUUUCCCAGAUGAGGAAAUUCCCCCUACUAAUGGAGAUUUGUUUUAAAGAAGUGCCUGGAAUAUUGAGAUGCUGAAGUAUCUAAUAUCAUUCUGAAAUGACAAGGAGUUUGUGAAAAUGACAAGAAAUGGAGUAGCUGGCCAUAAAGUUCCAGUUAAAGGAUCAUUUUAAUUCAAUUCAAGGCAUUUAAUAAGUAUACUGAUAUACAGUGAGAAGACUGAAGGCCAAGUUCUUGAUCUACCCCACUGAAAAAUACAAUAGAAAUACCGUGAAAAAACUGCUAUAAAAGAAUCUCACAGUAAAAUUUAAACCAUGGGAAUUUUAAAAGGAGAAAAGCAGAUGGCUAAUAAAACAAGAAAUAUAGAAAUGAAUCAUAUAAAAUGUCAGGAGCAAGAAAGAUAAGGGGGCAAACAAUUUAAAAAAAAAAAAAAAAAACUUGACCACAGUGAAAAGCACUGUUGAAAACUUCAAAGCAAUUAAGGUGGAAUGAAACUAGUGGUGCUUAAUGGAGGCCCCUUGGAAAAUAGUCCUUUUAAAAAUCUAAACUAUUGGAAGACAUUCAGACCCAAAAAACAGAUUCGCUGGAUUCAGACCACAUAUUGAGAGCUUCAGGAUUACUGAUACUACAGGUAAUUUCUUUUUUUUUUUUUUUUUUUGGGGGGGGGCAGGGUAAGAGGGACUAUUAGAACCCUGUAAUUCAUAAAAUCAAAUUUUCCUACAACUGGCAAGAGCAGCCAAUUCUAAUAGUAAUUUAUAAUAGUAAUUAACACUCAUUGAAAUACCCAGGAUUUUAUAUGUGUAGACAUAAAUUUCCAAUAUUUAAAUAUAAAGUAAAAACAUUGCUGUUGGAAGUGAAGAAAUAAUUUAUCACAGAAAUAAUUUCUCUCAUAGCAGACUUUUCAAGGAAAACAAGGGAAGACUACAUAUACAUAAGGUGAAUCUCCAAAUGUAAGCACAAUUCCUGCACAUCUACUUUAUUUUUUGCAUUGGUGAAUGCUGAAAACUAUCAGUGUACAUGUUUUUUUUUUAAAAUAGCUUUUUAUUUACAAGUUAUAUGCAUGGGUAGUUUUACAGCAUUGACAAUUGCCAAACCUUUUGUUCCAAUUUUUCCCCUUUCUCCUACCCCCUCCCCUAGAUGGCAGGAUGACCAAUACAUGUUAAAUAUAUUAAAGUGUAAAUUAAAUACAAAAUAAGUAUACAUGACAAAACCAUUAUUUUGCUGUACAAAAAGAAUCAGACUCUGAAAUAUUGUACAAUUAGCCUGUGAAGGAAAUCCAAAAUGCAGGCAAAAAUAUAGGGAUUGGGAAUUCAAUGUAAUGGUUCUUGGUCAUCUCCCAGAGUUCUUUCCCUGGAUGUAGCUGUUUCAGUUCAUUACUGCUCCAUUGGAACUGAUUUGGUUCAUCUCAUUGCUGAAGAUGGCCAGGUCCAUCAGAAUUGAUCAUCAUAUAGUAUUGUUGUUGAAGUAUAUAAUGAUCUCCUGGCCCUGCUCAUUUCAUUCAGCAUCAGUUCAUGUAACUGCACAUCUACUUUAACAAACACUUUAAAACAACAUCACAUAAAACAAUGAGCAAGAGAUAGUGAGAAACUAUAGUUUCUUUAUUGUUGGAACUACACAAAAACUAGGGUGAAUGAGCUGGGACUCUCCCAGAAUGAUCUUAAAGACACCUGUAAAAAGGUUUCUGGAAGCAGCAAGAAUGGAAGGCAUCAACCUCCCCCUUCUUCUCCCUCCCCCUCCCCACACAAACAGCACAUGGAUCUUGGAAGUGAACACAAGUGGCAAGAAACUCCAUUGAGAACGCUGAAUAUCUGGUGCCCUGAACCUCAAAGUAUACAGAAAGGAUAGGCAGAAAUCUACCAGUGCUCGCUCUUUCCCAAGAAGUAGCACAAAAAUAUAGAUGUCCCAUGUUGAAACCAAACAAGGCUAGUUAUCAUACCAGAAAAAGUAUUUUGAUCUAAAAAAUAGCUGUAAUUUGGGAACUGAGAUUGGAGAGAUGAAUAAAUAGAUGAUAUCAACAACUAUAAAAAAUUAUUUUAUGAUCCAGUUCAGAGGAAGGAAGUAACUCCAUAAUAACUGCAAGUAGUCUCCCAAAGAAAAAACAUUUUUGCACACCCAACAUGAAUUUCUAGGAUCAGUCAAGCAACUGGUUAAAAAUCCUGCAGAAAGAAUUGGAAGAAUAAUUUAGAAUAGAACAUGGGAAACCUUGCCCAAAUUACAGAUUGUAAACAUUCAAAAGGACGGAACAUAUUGAUUCCACAAGAACAAAAAAUUAAAACCGUAAGAAAAAAAUGGGAUUUGCUAUCAAAAGUAACUAGAGAAAGCAGUGUAACGAAAAACUGUUUAAGAAUCUUCAAACUCAGAUAUAGAACGAUUAUCUGGAACUCAAGAACUAGCAAAAAAAUUUUUUUAAAGGAUUGGAUCAAAUGAAGCAAAUAAAAUUAAAAAUAAAAAGUGAACUUAGAACUGACCUUAAGAAUUUUAAGCCAUCUCUUCCAGAGUCCCUAGAAAAUCUAGAAGCCAUUUUUUAAAAAGCAGAAACCCCAGAGGAUGAAUUGGAAAGUUUGAAAGAGAACUUACCAUUUUCCACCACCGAGGAACUACAAUAUUCUUUUGGAAAGAAGCUAAAUUUACUCAACGUACACAGGAAGGAGAACUGGUGUGGAAAAGCAAUGAGACAAAGUCAUUAUAAAGACACCCUCAAACUCUGACUUUGCUGCUCUGUGUCCAAGCCAGCAGAGGCCUUAAUGAAAGACAAAUAGAAGAUAUUUUACAGUUUGAAGAGACAAGCUAAUGCUUUAGAUGAACUAGUUACCAGCAUGACUGCAGAUUCUAUGUUUCUGGCAUCCAGCUUCUCAGAACUGGAAGUUUGCUUAUUUGAAGAUUCUCAUGUUACAAGGAACUAGGAAAGAGCCUAUCAUAAUGACUUGGCCACAAAAAACUACUUGGAAUACUUAUUGCCUUCCAUAUCUGAGGAAAUAUCUACCUCACCAGUUAGCAGGUCAAUCCUUUUUAUUCUAACUUUGCUAAAAAUCUAUAAAUCCAAAGAUUUUUUUUUGAGUCGUGUAUAUAUGGAAAUAAUGCAUAAAUUCAAUCAGGAUUUGAAGCUAAUACUACAGAUUUUAUCACUCCUUUGAAAUACUCAUUGCAGAGUGUAAAAGGAAAAGUCUGUACUAACAUUGCAGAACAUCUUGCUGAAUUUAAAUUCUGUAUUUGCUAAUCUUAUCAAGUUUGUGUUUUACAUGAAAUAUAUUUUCACAUAAGUUUUUUUUUUUUAAAUCAUCAAACUCCCUGAAAGGCACAAUUUUGAAAAUCCGGACACUAUAUUUCCAGAAAUCAUGAGCAAAGGAGAGGCAAAAAUAAGGGAAUAUUUUGGAAGGAAGUCUCAAAACAACUUCCUCAUCCUGAAGGGGAUAAAAUUAAAAAGACAGAAAGCAAAGAAUUGGAAAUUAAGAGUUGCCAAGUGAGAAGUAACUGAACAAAUUAAUGGAAUGUUAUUGUACAAUGGGAAAUUACUAAAGAUAUAUGGAAAUGUGGGAAGCAUGAAUUGAUACAGAAUGAAUUGAAUAGAAUCAAAACAACUUAUUCAAUGACAACAUUGUAAAGAAAAACAGCUUUUAAAGACUUAAGAAAUAUGAUCAAAACAAUGAUUUUUAUUCUUUGAUUUCCAAUCCAUCCUCCAAUAUCUCAAUUUCUGUUGAGAACACCCAUUAUUUCAAGCUGCUUAAGUUUAUAACCUCAGAAGUAUUUUGGAUUCUUUCCUGAUUAAUUCAGUGUCAGUUUGAUUUCCACAUUUCACACAGCCAACCUCUCUAGGGACUUAAUCUUAAUUGGUCUCCCUGCUUCCAUCUCUCCCUAAUCUAUCUUUCAACUAGUACCAAAAUAUUCUUCCUAUGGAAGAGUAAUGAUCAUGCUACUUUCCCUUCUCAAAAAUCUUCAGUGGCUCAAAAACUGUACGAAUGAUAACAAAGACUUUAUGGAUUCAUGCGGAUUCAUACUGAACCACAGUCAUUCAAUCAGUUAACAAGUAUUAACUACCUAAAGAAAUAGUUCCUAUUAAUAACUUACAUGCCAACAGGAAAAACAACAAAACCAUAAAAACUUGCAGCAUAAAUAUAAAGUUAAUACAAAAAAAAGUUAAGUAUAAGAUAGUUUGGGAAGGAAGGCAAUAAAAAGUCGAAUGUUGUAGGGCAGGAAAAGCUUCAAAGUGGUGUCUAAGCUGCAAACUAAAAAGCGUUUAAACUAGAUACUACAAACAACAGAAAGUCACUGGAGUGACGGGGUCAGAUCUUCACUUAAGAAAAUCACUUAAAAGUGUUUGCAUGCUGGAAGGCCUUAGACUAUAAAAAGCUUUUAGGCAGAGAAAACAAUUAGGUUGUUGCAGUCAUCUAGGCAGGUGAAGAAAACUUGAAUUAAGGUGGUAGAGUAUGAGUAGAAAGAUAUUUAGCAACUAAAGAUAUGUGUGAUGUGAAAAAAAUAAAAAAUACAGGAUGAUGCUGAUCACAAACCUGAGACUUGGGAAGGAUGGUGAUUUUCACAGGAAUAAGGUAUAUCUAGCAAAGCUAAUGUGCAUUUACAGAUCACAAUGCAACAAAACUAAUAUUAAAUAAUGACACUAGGAAUAAAUAAUGAAUAGGAAUAAAAGGUGUAAAUCACAUGGUACCUAAAAACUACGACCUAAGUAACUGGGUUGAAGGGUAAUUAAAAGAUAAUGAAAAUAUGAAAACAUAUUUUUAAAAGUAAUGUAAUAACUGGAGCUCAGAAUCAAGUUCAUAGUCCUGAAUACCAUAUCAACAUGAAAGAAAAACGUGAAUCUGUUUCUAAACACGGAAGCAAGAAAUAAAGCCAUCAGGCCAGAAGAAAAUAAGAGAAUAAAGAGCAGUGCAGAAAGCAGUCCAAGUUAAAAAUUUUUAAUGAAAAGAUAAAACCAAGAGUUUUUUUUAAGACUAACAAAAAAGAUCAACCAUUCGCAAGUCUCCAAAAAAAAGAGCAAAUCCAAAUCACCAAAAUCAGAAAUAUGUUGAGAUCCAACAAAGGUGUCCAGAAAAUGGAGAUUAACUUUCCCGCGAGGUGAAAAUCCACUUGAUUUUGUCCCAUCAAUGAAAACCAACCCCCGCCCCCUGCCUUCAGCCCCAAAAUGCUAAAAAUCUGCAAGGUGCUCAGGAGAUGCACGCGAGGCAAAGCUUCCACAAAAGCAACUCCGGACUCGGAGAAGCGUGACCGCAUUCUCCGGAAGUGACUGGCGGACGCUGUGCCAGCGGCUGCAGCUCCCCUUGGAGCUUGUGCUCGUUUCCCCGACGCCCUAAGUCGGGAGUGAAUCUCUCCGGGCCCUGGGGCGCCCUGGACAGGAGGCACCGGGACGCGGCGCUGCCCUCGCCGUCACCGUCGCCUUCGGCCUCGGGUCCUCGAGCCCGGCAACCGAAAGGUCUGCACGCCACGGCCGAGCGCCGGCGCAAGCGCAGUCGGGCUGGAGCAUGUGGCGGUUGCGCUGGCAGACGUUAGGCCUCGCGGCUGUGAGUGUCGGCUUGGCUUUGGAGACUCUGGGCUUCCUAGUCGGUUGGCUGAGGCAGCAACGGCGCCGGCGACGUCGGCCCCCGCGGCGGGAGGUGUUGUUCUUCCCUUCUCAGGUGACCUGCACCGAGGCCCUGCUGCAGGCCCAGCGGCAGGGAGGCCCUCCGGGGACGACGCCGGCGCCCGCGGCCGCAGGGCCCGAUGUUCGGAGGGCGCCCGGCGCGGUUGCGGGGGCGACGGGCUCGGCCGCAGCCACGACCUCCCCGGCCGCCCCGGCCUCCCCGGCCGCCAGCUGCCUGUGCCCGCUCCCACACGGGGAGAGCUCCCUGAGCCGCCUCCUGCAGUACGUGCUGUCGGCCCGCAGCAGCCUCGAGCUCUGCCUGUUCGCCUUCUCCAAUCCCCAGCUGGGCCGCGCCGUGCACCUGCUGCACCAGCAGGGCGUCCGCAUCCGCGUGGUCACCGACUGCGACUACAUGGCCCUCAACGGCUCCCAGAUCGGCCGCCUCCGCAAGGCAGGUAUCCAGGUACGCCAUGAUCAAGGUGCUGGCUACAUGCAUCAUAAAUUUGCUAUAGUGGAUAAGAAGAUGCUUAUUACUGGCUCUCUCAACUGGACCACACAAGCCAUUCAGAACAAUAGAGAGAAUGUUUUGAUUGUGGAGGACGAAGAGUAUGUGAGACUUUUCUUGGAAGAAUUUGAACGUAUUUGGGAGGAGUUCAAUCCUGUAAACUAUACUUUUUUUCCUCAGAGAAAGUGAAGAAAAAGUAAAACAAGAGUCCUUCUCUAAUGUUUUCCUUAGGAUUAUAGGUAAAACAACUUACAGUGGGGUCCUUUGGACAAUUUGAAGAACUGAAUCCCAUGCUGUAGUAAGUUGUAUAGUGACAAGGUUUCAUCUAACAUGUUCAUUGCUGUUCUGCAGUAAGAAAAACUUUAAUAGUAUUAUUUUUUGGAAACAAAGGAAAUACCCAUUGAUUUUAAAACAUUUUUAAUUCUUGUUUACAAAAAUCUAUUGAACUAUAUUUCUGUGUUCAACUGAGAUUCUCCAUCUCCCUUAUGGAUAUGCUUCUUUCCAUAUGACUAAGACUACUAAGAGUGUACAUCCAUGAUCGAGUCAGCAAACUCUUGAAGGUAUUGACAAGUUUGAAUCAAAAUGAUAAAAAGGAACAAGAAGAAAAGAGAAAAAAGGGUACAAAUGGUGGUUGCGUUUUCCCUGGACUACAGUACUACUUACCCUUUGCUAGCACAGCAAUCAUUCCAUGGUAGGGGAGAGAGAAUUAAGUGCAACCUUGCAAGAUAUAUUAUUAAAAUAUUUGUGUAUAAGCAAACAUUUCAGUCUUUCUUUACCAUGUUUACUAGAACAUGAUUUAGCUAAUCUUAAAAAAAAAAAAAUAGGAACCUGAAAUAGGCUAUAUAAAAAUUAGGAAGCUAAUUUUAAAAUAUUAUUUCAUUUUUCCAAAUACAUGCAAAGAUAGCUUUCAACAUUUGCCUUUGCAAGACUUUGUUUUCCAGAUUUUUCUCCCUCUUUUUUCCCUCUUACCAAGAUAGCAAGCAAUCCAAUAUAGAUUAAAUAUAUGAAAUUCUUCUAAACAUACAUCCAUAUUUGUUGUGCUAGAAGCUAAUUUUUUGGUAAACAUUCUCACUUUUGUUAUUUAAUAGUCAUUUUCAGUUGACUCUUGGUGACUCUAUUUGAGGUUUUCUUGUCAAAUAUACUGAAGUGGUUUGUCAUUCUCUUUGGCUCAUUUUACAAAUGAGGAAACUGAGGCAAAUAGGAUAAAAUGACUUAUUUCAGAUUAUACAAUAAGUAUCUGAGACCAGAUUUAAACACAGGCAGACUCAUCUUAGCCUUAGCUUAGGCCUAGCAUUAAAGAACUAGUAAGAGCCUCUCCAUUUCAUUGAAAAAUGUAUAUAGGCUUACGAUAAUUUAUUUGCCUUUGGAUAAUCAUGAAUUUUUAAAUAAUCUUGGAGGAAUAUUUCAAGAGGAGAGACAAAAAUUGGAAGCUUUUAGGUUUUUAUCUUCAAUCCUCUAUUCUUUAGGCAUAAAGGAGCCUUUCAUUCUAUCUUGUGUUCAUACCAUUCUGAAUUUCACAAAUAAUUAUUUUAAAUCUAUCUUUAAUCCCCACUGCACAUGCAAAUAUCUUGAAUAAGUUUUCUAAAAUUUUCCAAUAAAGUCUCAAAACAUUUUAAUUAUUUCCUCUA